AUGGCAGCAGGAGGGUUGAAUUUCAUUGCUCUCAGAAACAUGCAGGAUUCAGUGAACGACUUGCUUCACUCGCCGGGAAUCAAAACCGCCACCGUCCACCGGGAGAAGAAGAAAUUCGUGCACGAGAUUUCAGAAGCAUCCUUGAAAAUGGUGGAAACGUGCGGGAAUACGCGGGACGUUUUGUUGCUGGUGAAGGAUCAUCUACACGAUCUUAAGUCCACGUUCCGACGGGUCAGCGUUGGCCCCGCCACCACGGACAUGACGACGGCGGCCGCUGACGGUACCGGGAAUAAGUUUUCCGGGUACACAUCGGAAAGAAAGAAAUUAAAGAAGGCAAUGUUGAGGCGAUUAAACUCGCUAAAAAUGAUGAAAAGCAUCAACAAUAACGGAAGUUCAACAACCAAUGUUUCUUCCAGUCAUGAUCUUGUGGUUGUUAUCAAUGUUUUAAGGGAAGUGAGGAUGGCCACCAUGGCCAUCGUGGAGUCACUAAUGUCGCUCAUGUCAAUGCCGUUAAGCCCGGAAACCGUUAACCGGUCUCCGGCAAAGAAGAAGAAGUCCAGUAGAGGGUUCUUUGAAUUAUCCAAGUUCAGUCGGGUUAACAGCUUGAGCUAUUGGGAGAAUUGCGACAGAACCACACUCCAAGUGGCCAGUCAAAGACUGGCGGCGGUGGAGAUUGACGUUGAAGACCUUGAGGAAGAGUUGGAUUGUUCAAAUGGUGCUUGGACUUUAAUCUACGGCUGCCAAUGGGGAAGUCGUGUUGAAUUCCCGGAGUAA